UACAACUACACUCUUCGCACGUCAAUCGGCGUGGUUUUCCUUUACUGUUGUUGAGCAUUUCUGUAAAUGCACAGGAUAUAUGUUGGGUGCAAUUGGGUUGGUAUACAAUGAAGCGAGCUAGCGUGCCCGCCGGGUCGCGGCUGCAGCAGAAGCAUUAUCUCCAGGAGAAGCACUUCAUUCUCGACUGCGUGGCGGUGUCCUCCAUGGCUAGUGUUUAUGAAACAGUACAUCCGAAGCUGUGGGCUGUAAUCCCGCCGUAUAACGGGCAGAAGGACAACCAUACUCGCCAAUAUUACUCAUCACCAUCGGUGAAACUGCUUUUAGAGAAAACAGGACAGGGUGGCGGCGGGACCUCAAUACACGGUGAGAUGGUAGAUUUUUUCUAUAAACUCGGACCAGGACAGCAAGCCCUCGACAGAAGGAACAUGGCUGGGGCAGGUCACUCAGACGAACAGGUGACGGGCCACACCGGCCUGACGUUGGUCCAGCAGAAUAAUUUCGGGUACAACGGAAAGCUGGGGUACAGACGAAACACCCCCUUUCUGAGGCAGAGAGCGCCGUGUUUCGGAGCCGUGACGAAGCUUCCUAUGUAGCCUACUAACAAGACGGGCUCUCCCCAUCAAACAAAAAAGAAAAAGCAAUUUUUAGAGAAGAAAAGAUGUCGAGUGUUACUGUUUACCUUCCUAAAAAGAAUAAAAAAGCGGGUUAUGUAGGCGGUGUUCUCUCGUUCAUUGAAUAAUGUGUUUCUUGCUAACUCAGAUAAGAACCACUCGAACUUCCCUCCAGCCUCCUGCAGGGAGUAGCCUGUGGUUUCCAUGGAGACAGCAGGACCACGAAACCAAACCAGGAUUAUAAGCAAAUAACUUGCAGUGUUAAC